GUCGUAAAGCGCAAACACAACAACACGCUGGAGGAAAUGUAGUCCUAGUCGAAGAAAGGAGUUUUUCAGUAUUAUUAGAUUCACUUUCGAGAUUGUCAAAGACCCCUAGGAUAAUCUGUUAUAGCUACCUUAGUGAGAAUGUCAGCCCCAAAGCUGUUGAUUCUAUAUGGGAGCCAGACGGGCACUGCCCAGGACACGGCCGAGCGGAUUGGACGUCAGGCGCAAAGGAGGCGAAUGCAAGUCAAAGCGGAGGCUCUUGACAGUUACAAUGUGGCUAACCUCAUCUCUGAGUCCCUGGUUGUAUUUGUGUGUUCCACCACUGGCCAAGGAGAUCCACCAGACAACAUGAAGAAUUUCUGGCGGUUCGUGUUUAGGAAGUCUCUCCCCGCUGGAUCUCUGUGUCGCCUAGACUGUGCCGUGCUGGGCUUGGGUGAUUCCUCCUAUCCCAAGUUCAACUUUGUGGCGAAGAAGCUUCACAAGCGCCUUAUGCAGCUGGGGGCCAGUGUGCUGCUGCCUGUGGGACUGGCAGAUGACCAGCACGACCUGGGCGCAGAUGGGGUGAUUGACCCCUGGCUCACGUCAUUCUGGGAGAGGGCGCAAGCUCUAUAUCCAACACCUGCAGGCCAGAGUCUUAUCAGUGUGGAUGAACCACUCCCUCCGAGGUACGUUUUCAGAUUUCUGGAUGACGUCACUGAGAAUAGGGCGGAUAGGCGAAGAGUGCCAGAGCCGCCGAUCUCGCCCUCUCAGACACACACCUUUCCAGGCAGGGUGGUGUCCAAUAAAAGGGUUACGCACGCCUCCCACUUUCAGGAUGUUCGACACAUUGAGUUUGACAUCACAGGCUCAGAUAUUGAGUUCACUGCUGGGGAUGUGGUGAUGAUGAGACCUUGUAACACCCCUGAGGACGUGGAGCAGUUCUGUCAGCUCCUGAGACUGGACCCUGAUCGCCAGUUCACCCUCAGCCCCACAAACUGCGACACAGAUUCGGUCCCAGCCCGCCUGGCCCAACCUUGCACGGUUCGGCAUCUGGUGGAGAGCUUCCUGGACAUAGCCGCAGUGCCUCGUCGCUCCUUCUUCGAGCUCCUCGCCACCUUUGCCACCAAUGAGCUGGAGCGGGAGAAGCUGUCUGAGUUUAACUCUGCCCAGGGCCAGGACGAGCUGCAUGCCUACUGCAACAGGCCGCGACGCACCGCCUUGGAGGUGUUGACCGACUUCCCCCACACGACAGCAGAGCUGAGUGUAGACUACCUACUGGACCUGUUCCCUGAGAUUCAGCCUCGCUCCUUCUCCAUUGCCUCCUCCCUGCUGGCACAUCCCAACAGGAUCCAGAUACUGCUAGCUGUGGUGCACUACAAAACCAAGAUGCACCUGCCACGCAAGGGUCUGUGUUCCUCCUGGCUAGCCUCACUGGACCCCACACAAGGGGACGUUUAUGUGCCUUUGUGGGUGAAGAAGGGGAGUAUGAAGUUCCCUAAGGACCCCUACUCCCCUGUGAUCAUGGUUGGGCCUGGAACGGGAGUGGCUCCUUUCAGGUCUGCUCUGCAGGAGAGGAUAGCCCAGGGCAAGACUGCCAAUGUGCUGUAUUUUGGCUGCCGGUCCCAGUCUAAGGAUUUCUACUGCAGCUCAGAAUGGGAGGAGAUGGAGAAAGCAGGGCAGCUGACACUCUUCACAGCUUUCUCCAGGGAUCAGGAAGACAAGAUUUAUGUGCAACAGCGUGUGCAGGAGCAAGCUGAGCUGCUAUGGGACCUGAUCGCCAAUAAGAACGGCUACUUUUACAUCGCAGGCAAUGCCAAACAGAUGCCGACGGCAGUGUGUGACGCCCUGAAGGAGGGCUUUCAGAGCCAAGGGGGCGUGUCCUCUGCCGAGGCGGACGAGAUGCUGGUCGCCAUGGAGAGGGCAGGCCGAUUCCAAAGCGAGACCUGGUCCUGAUCACAUGGCUACAGAGUGGUGCUAUUCAAACGCAGCAAGCUUUAUCAGUAUACUGCUCCAAGUGCUUUCAUUUGACAAUCAGUGGUGACUUAACUGCAGAGGAAAUCAACACCAUACCAUGGUUUAGGUAUCAGCUUAGAAAAUGUGUCAAAUAUUACUAGAUAUUAUACUAUUGCAACACUGCAUAGCGCUAUUAAAUGUUUCCAAAGUGUA